ACAAUUCAGACUUAUUAUUAUAAAGAUAUUCAAAAAUAAUAAAUCACAUUUUUUUUAUAUUUUCAAUAAAAUUAAUACUUAUAAAAAUACAAAUUAAUGGAAAGAUCUAAUCUUAAUAAAAUAGGAUCACAUAGAACUUUGGAUAAAUUAUGGAUUUCUGAUUAUAUUAAUUCUACUGUUAUAUUACAAAAUUCUUUAGAAUUAAAAGCUAUUAAGAAUUUACAAGAUAAACCAAAUUAAGAUAGUAAAGAAAUUUAUGAAGUUUAUUCAAAUUUUUAAGAAAGCACCUAAAUAUAAGGAGACAAUUAUGAAACAAAUGACCUCAUUGAAAAAUUUGAUAAUAUUUCGAAGAAUAAUAUUAGUAAAAAUAUUAUUAAAGCUUUUUUUAGUUAUAUGCUUGAUACAAAAGACAAUGAAUUUCUAACAGAUUUUGUAUUUAAAGGUAGUAAACCUUCUUAAGCUCGCAAGAUGAUUAAAAAUUACUUUAAAUCUUAUGGCUUCAAUAAUAAUUCUUUACUUAAGCUAAUAUAGCACCAUAAAUAUGGGAAGGCUUUUGAAUUUUAUUUGACAUUUGAAGCAGAAAGAUGGCUAGUUGAGAGCAAAGUAUGUUUAAAGGAAACUCAUUUUAUCUAUAUUGAUUUUUUAAAACUUUGCUGCUCUAAUCCAAAGUAUUCUAACCACUUAGUUACAUAUAAAAAAAAUAAAAAAAGUUUAUAUGAUGAUAGAAUUUGA